GGUCCACCACCUGCCAAUUUAGGAAUGGACACAGGUAAAAAAUUGGAAAAUUGUUUUUUUUUUUUUUGGGGGGGGGGAUCCGUCCACUCCACCUCAAAUUUUGUGGGGACAGGACCUCCCCCCCCCCCCUCCCUUCCGCCGCCUGUGCUUCACAGACGCCAAGCCCUCUCGGUAAAUCCCGCGGUUCAAAUGUGCCGACUGGAGAUCGAGAUCAAAGACUAGAUCUAUUUCUAUUGAUAAAGUGUAGGUUUCGUCAGAAAGUGAUACGGAUGACACGUUGCACAGCUGAUUUCGUCUCAUUUCUAGUUCCAAUCACCUCCACUUUUGUCUAACAAGCCACUGAAGUCUACUGGAAAGAUGGAAGUGCAGCAAGCGAACCAUUGGCCGCUCUACAUCAAUGCUGCUAUGUCAGUAUGUGCCUUCAUCCUCACCGUACGGCUCAUUCCACGGUUCUAUGAUCUCUUCAUCGCAGCAGACAUGUACGGCAAGGAUAUGAGCAAGAAGGUGCCAAAAGGACAACAACCAAAGAAAGUUCCAGAGGGCCUUGGGGUCAUCACUGGAGCUGUUUUUCUCAUUGUCAUGUUUCUCUUCAUUCCUGUUCCGUUUUGGAGGAUGUGGAAGGCAGAUACCAGAGAAGAUUUCCCUCAUGACAGGUUUGUUGAAUUCAUAGCGGCCUUGCUGUCCAUAUGCUGUAUGAUAUUCCUGGGCUUUGCGGACGAUGUCUUGGACCUGAGAUGGCGGCAUAAGCUCCAGCUGCCUACGAUGGCGACGCUACCCUUGCUGAUGGUCUAUGUCGUCAAUUAUGGCUCUACAACCAUCAUGGUCCCCAAACCACUGAAUGCUUACAUUGGAAAUGACCUCAACUUGGGUGUGUUGUACUACAUAUACAUGGGUAUGUUAGCCGUCUUCUGUACCAACGCUAUUAACAUCUUGGCUGGAGUGAAUGGUAUAGAGUGUGGUCAGUCUGCUGUCAUCUGCAUUAGUGUUAUCAUCUUUAAUAUUGUCCAACUUUCAGGCAACUGGACAGAAGCACAUCAAUUCUCUUUGUAUUUCAUGAUGCCAUUUUGUGCUGUAUGCCUGGCUCUUCUAUAUCAUAAUUGGUAUCCUUCUAGAGCCUUUGUGGGAGACACCUUCUGUUAUUUUGCUGGAAUGACCUUUGCCGUGGUCGCCAUCUUAGGCCAUUUUAGUAAGACAAUGCUUCUCUUCUUCAUACCGCAAGUCAUCAACUUCAUCUUCUCAGUUCCUCAGCUCUUCCAUUUUGUGCCCUGCCCCCGGCAUAGACUACCAAAGUUUGAUCCACAGUCAGAUACCCUAGGAAUGAGCUAUUCAAGAUUUAAGAUGAAGAAUCUUGGUUUCAUUGGGAGGUUAGCAGUGCGUGUCUGUGGGCUUGUAGGAGUGAUACACAUCAAGGAAGGAGUGGGGGAAGAUAAAGAUGAGACAGAAUGCAGUAAUUUCACCAUCCUAAAUCUUGUCCUUAAAAUUAUGGGCCCGAUGCAUGAAAGAAAUUUGGUUCUUGUUAUGCUCUUCAUACAGGUUCUUGGAUCAUGUGUAGCUUUCUUUGUGCGGUUCUACCUGGCCGGAUUCUUCUACGAUGUUAUAGAAUACUAGAUAAUUGAUAUUUCCAAAGGUUAUUUUGAAAAAUUAUAUAUAUUUGAUCAUAUUUCUGAAAUUAUAUUAUCACAAAAAGUGUUUUGUAUGAAUCAUGUGCAUAACUGAAACAAAUAACCUUUUAAAUUACAUAUGUAAUAUGUUCAAAUAUGUAAUGUCACUCACAUAAUCCUAUCUAAAUCCAAGACACAAAUGAAUUUUGUUAAUACAUAAUUAUGUAUCUUAUAAACUUAUUCUAUUCAAUUGUUUCUCUUCUUUAUUUAAAUUUGAUUAUUUGUGUAUGGUUGACCCACUCCUUAUUGACCACCUAAUUUUCUAAGCAUUGUAUAUGGGAAAAUAAUUAUCAGUUUUACCCACAUGUAGUCUGUGUCUCAUUUGUGCAGAAACUUGAGCAGAUCAGAAUCCCAAGUUUAGAUCGAAGACUCAGAUUCUAUGCGCGUAUAUAUCGACGACCCAAUGAAUUUGACAAUUUCAAUUAUGCUCAUUUGCACUCUUCUUUUAGGACCGACCACCUGCUAAACACUAAUUUUAUGGCCGAUUCUUGUCGUGCUGGCAAAAUAUUUUGACUCUUCCAAAUCAGUUCCAUGAUGUCACCAUGCUAAAUGAUUGUCUCAAUACUUUCACUACGAGCUCCGGCACAUGAUUCGACGAUUGAUGAUGGAUAUUUGUUCUAAAGGCGAUUCCUAUCGGAUUUAUUGCUUUGAACAACUGUUUUUGCAGCGGGUUUUGGGUCUGGUCAAUACGAUUUUGAUAAAUUCUACAAAAAUUGUACAUUUGUAUCCCUCUUUUUUCUCUCGUAAAAUCAAUUCUUAUUGUUCCUAUGGAUGCUGCGUCUACUUUCCGCGUGGAGGGUUUAUGAUACGUAAUAUUCUCAAUGCGUGCAAGGUGGUCGGUUUCAAAAGAGUUAGUCGAUAUGUAUUGGACUCACUAUACAGGGAUUCUUAGAAAGACACAUAGGUAAAUGCACACCCUGAAGUAAUUAAUAAAGAACAAUGAUUUGAGCAAAUCCCGUUAGUUUCACUUUUGAAUAACUAUAAGAUGAAUGAGAAAUGAUUUUGUGUCACAUAGAAACCAUGUUCAAGCACUGAGAUUCUUAGGUAAGAUAAUAUUUAAAACAUAUGUGACUUUAACAACUAAAUGUAAUUUAUCUGCCUUUUUUAUGUAUAUUGUUCUUAAUAUUGAGGAGCUGCCUAUUUGCAUGCCAGAUUUUGCCAGAGAAGAAAAAUUACUUCAUUUAUUCGUCCAAUGAAUCUUUCAAAUCACCAAUCAUGAAUCACCAAAUGAAAAAAAAAAUUAAUUCAACAUUUUUCUAUUGCAAAAGUCAUGCUUUGUAAAAUAUCCAGUAAAUAUCACUUGAUAUUGCAUUUAGAGAAAGAGUGAUAACAUCGUUCAGUCAUGCUCAUCUGCUGUGUUAAUAUCAAUAUUGCUAUGUCUACAUUUUCAGUAAAUUCCAUUUAUACCAGUAAUGUAAUUUACUUAACAAAUCAGCACCAAAAAGAGAGAAUCACUAUUGAUUUGAUUUCUGUCAUGCAACACUCUUUUCAAACAGGCAGUAUUUAUUCCAUUCCAACUGAUGGGUAUAUGUAUAAGGAUGGGGGAUUGCCCUUCACCCCCCCCCCCCCCCAAAAAAAAAAAAAAUAA